UUCUUCUUCUUCUUUUUAAUCCUGUCUUCUUUUCUUCUCAGUGUGUAUACUGGUUUACCUGGUCUCUUGUACUUUAUUGAUGACAAAUCUUCUCUUUCUUUUGAGGUGGUGAUUGAGAAUAAAUUCUUUUCUCUUCUUUUAUUAUCUCUUUUUUUUGUUCUUUACAUCAAACACCAGUAACAAGGUUAAAACGGUUAAUUUGGUUAACUGUUUUUCUUUUCUUCUAUUCUAUUUUCUAUUCCAUUUGAAUUGCAAACAAAAAGUAAUCAAAGUGUAUCCAUCAAUUUGUUGUGCUUCUUCUGGGUUUUAUCCCAUCACCAUGUUACUUUUUUUAUUCAUCGUGUUAUUAUUGACCGAAGGAAGUUACCAGAAAUGUUAUGAUGAUGAUUUCGUUUCCAAUGGACAUCAUCUUUCAGAUAGUCCAUCUAAUUAUUCACGUUCCCUCAUCUCUGGGUUACAAAAAUUUUCUUUUGACAUUUUACGUUCUCUUCAUAACUUUGAAUCUAAAGACUCAUCGCCUGGAUUAAUAUUAAGUCCAUUCUCAAUCUGGUCUGCUCUCCUUGUUUCCUACAUGGGUGCUCGCCAUGAGACUGACCGUGAGUUAAGGUCAGUAUUGGGGUUGAACAAUGUUCCCAAACAUGCUGUUGGUAUGGCCUAUCAAGGGUUACGUUUUUGGUAUCAAUUGAAGAAAAAUGUUUCCCUCGUAUCAAAGGAACCAUCUAAAAAAAUGGCCUACUCGAUUGCUAAUAAGAUUUUCAUCAAUGAUGCACUUACACUUAAUGAUUGUGUCAAACAACAUUUCGCAACGGAAGCCGCUUCGAUGGAUUUCACCUCAGAUCCUGGAUCAGCUCGUCAGGCUAUCAAUUCAUGGAUAGAAGAGGAAACUCAUGGUAAAAUUAAAGAUCUUAUUCCAGUUGGUGGUGUUACUCAGUGGACGACAAUCAUUAUCGCCAAUGCGCUCUAUUUUCACGCUAAAUGGUACAAUCAGUUUGAUUCAGCGAAAACUGAAGUUGGAACUUUCCAUGUUACCCCUGCUGAGUCAAUUAAAAUUCCCUUCAUGAAAUUAACCGCCAAUCUUAUGUAUGGUGUUAGUGAAACUCUUAGAUGUACAGUAUUGGAACUUCCAUAUGCUAAUCAAGAUUUCUCCAUGUUAAUCCUUCUUCCUGAUCCAUCGAAAGGCGUUGACUCGUUGAUUCGUCAGUUGAAGCCCAGUCAUUUGGAUGAUAUUGUGUCCAACAUGUUUGACGAUGAAAUUUCCGUCGUUUUACCAAAAUUCAAAGCUGAACAAGAACUGGAACUUGCUGGUCCCUUGUACUCAAUGGGAAUUAAGAAAUUGUUUGACCCACGAUUUGCCGAUUUAUCCGAUUUCUUUCAACCAAAUCCUCCAGCGUCUUCUUCACCUCCAACAGUUUCUAAAAAUGUUAAAAGUAAAAAUUCAACAUAUGAUUUCAAAUUGUCGACAAAAGGAGUCACAGUUAAUUCAGUUGUACACAAAGUAUUUAUUUCAGUUAAUGAAGAGGGAACUGAAGCUGCCGCGUCAACAGCUAUUCUCAUCGCCCGAUCAGGUCGACCUGCUUUUCCAACGCGAUUUGUUGUCAAUCGACCUUUUCUCUUUCUAAUUAGAGACACAGCAACAAAUGUCAUUCUUUUCAUUGGAAUCGUUCGAAGGCCUGGUGAAUAAUUAAUCAGCUAAUUGUUAAUUAAAAUGCUGCAAUCACUUUUCACUCAUCUUCGCCUUCAUCAUCAUCUUGAAACCCAUCAAACAAUUACGACAAAGAUGACACCAACAUCAUUCAUCAAUAAUCAACAUGUACUUAUCUUCAUCAAUCUUCAUCAUCAUAACAAUUACUUAAUGAUUGACUAAUUUCUUGGUCAAUCUACUGUAAAUCUUAAUUGUGAUCCUACAUAUAAAUACGUUAAAAUUAAACCUUUACAAACGAAACUGCAUGAUUGUUAUGGACAAUUAAACUCAUUGCAAUUGAAAUUUUCCAUUUGUCCUUAUGUAACUAAAUUGUUUAAUUAAGCUACUUUUGUAAUUGACAAUUAGUGACCACCCAACAAUUUAGAGAUUAUGUAAAAAAAAAUUACCUUAAUUAUGUUUAAUCUUAUUGUUUUUGUUAACGUGAAAGAGAAAAAGAGAAAAGCAAACAGUAAAAAUAGAAAACGAAGAGAGAAAAAAGAGAAAAAAGAAAAAAAAAGAAAAGUCUUAUUUGUGAUUCUAAUCAACAAGUGUGUUAAUUGUUGCUCUUUUUCUUGCCUUUGAUCCUUUAGGUGUUCGUCCUUAUAAAUGUAAUCAUUGUGAUAAAUCAUUUACUCAGAGAUGUUCAUUGGAAUCGCACACACUCAAAGUCCAUGGGAU